CAUACACUUCUCAUGGGCAAAAUUCGGGAGGAGUACCCAGACAGGAUCAUAAACACAUUCAGCAUCCUGCCCUCGCCCAAGGUGUCAGACACGGUGGUGGAGCCCUACAAUGCCACCCUCUCUGUUUACCAGCUCAUAGAAAAUGCAGAUGAGACGUUCUGCAUUGAUAACAAAGUGCUCUAUAACAUCUGUUCCAGGACCUUAAAACUGACCACACCCACCUACAGUGACCUGAAUCACCUAGUGUCUGCUACCAUGAGUGGAGUCACCACAUGUCUGCGCUUCCCGGGCCAGCUGAAUGCCGACCUGCGGAAGCUGGCCGUGAACAUGGUUCCAUUUCCCCGGCUGCACUUCUUCAUGGCCAGCUUUGCCCAGCUGACCAGCCGGGGCAGCCAGCAGUACCGGGCCCUGACCGUGGCUGAGCUCACUCAGCAACUCUUUGAUGCUAAGAAUAUGAUGGCCGCCUAUGACCCCCGUCAUGGUCACUACCUAACCGUGGCUGCCAUUUUUAGAGGUCGCAUGUCCAUGAGGGAGGUGGAUGAGCACAUGUUCAACAUUCAAAAUAAGAACAGCUGCUACUUUGCUGAACGGCUCCCUCACAACGUGAAAACAGCCGUCUGUGACAUCCCACCCCGGGGGCUAAAAAUGUCGGCCACCUUCAUUGGUAACAACACAGCCAUCCAAGAGCUCUUCAAACGUGUCUCUGAACAGUUUACCGCUAUGUUCAGGCGCAAGGCCUUCCUGCACUGGUACAUAGGCGAGGGCAUGGAUGAGAUGGAGUUCACUGAGGCUGAGAGCAACCUUAAUGACCUGGUGUCAGAAUACCAGCAAUACCAAGACACCACAGCUGAGGAGGGGGAGUUUGAGGAGUGUGCUGAGGAGGAGGAGGUAGCCUAGAAGCUUCCUUUUCUAGGUAAAGGGGGAAGCAGUGUGGAUUCUUUAGUGUGUUCUGAUAGCCAUUGUCACUACACGCUUCUUUGAGUCUUUACAUCUCCUCCUACUGCAUUUUAAAGCAUUU